CCGGCCGGCCGGGCACCACCACGUUAAAUCGCCUCUCUCGGUCGAUCUCAAUUUAUAGCCCCGUACCGGCCCAUUAAUCCCCCGUCAUCGAGCCGAGCGUGCAACAGAAAUUAACCAGUUUGAUUGAUCUUUUGGCCUGUUGACGAUGGCGUGGAAGAGAUCAUCACCGAUGCUGCAGCAGGCGGCGCUCGCGCUGGUGGCCGCGUUGGCGAUGGCGGCUACGUGCGCCGAGGCGGGGCGGGACUACGGCGCCGGCCAGUCCAAGUUCACCAUCACGGGCACCGUGCUGUGCCAGGACUGCACCAAGAACUGGAACGCCUACGCCUACAACGCCAAGCCCAUCCCCGGUAGCGGGGUGGCGGUGACGUGUCUGGAGAAGGGGAAGGUGGCGUUCUACGGCAAGGACGAGACGAACAAGGAGGGGGUGUUCAGCGUGGAGGUGCCGUACGAGCCCGCGGGCAGCGGCGCCGGCUGCCGGCUGGACCCGUCCGAGUGCCUCGUCCGCCUCGUCGCCUCCGAGGACAAGGGAUGCUCCGUGCUCACCAACUUCAACGGCGGGAGGUCCGGCCAGCGCCCGUUCCGCCCGUCCAAGGUCUGCCCCACCGAGGUCGUCUACAACGUCGGGCCGUACUACGCCACCCUGCCGCAGUGCGACGUCGACGACAAGAAGACCGAUGCUCAUCUCGAUCGGUGGAGGGGCUAGAGGAAGAAGGCCACCGACCGGCACGCGCGGUGGAUUUCAUUCAAGUUCUGGUCGAUCUUUGUUUCGGCGGCCACGUAUGCGUCUUCAUUUUCGUCUUUUGAUGAUGUGUUCGAAUGUUUGCUUUGCUUCGAAAGUGGACAGUGGUAUUGUAUGGUUUUUUGUGAGAUGAUGUGUGUUUUUUUUCUGGCUAUA